AUGUCACUAUAUUAUUCUCGAAUCCUGAACUUGCCCACCACCAACGUAGCUAUCAUUGGGCGGGCUAUCACGCUCUCCCCAAAUACACCAGUCAUGCUCGAGAAGCUAGACGCUUUCACCCGCAUCCAGCCCGAAAGCUACGAGCUCUACGACCUCCACUCCCGUACAGCGGGCCGAAUACAAUGUCGGAAACCGCUUGGGCUAUGGCUACUCCGGCGUGCGUGUCUACCACCACGUCGUGAUUAG